AUGGGACAGCAGCAAUCGAAGAAUGCGUCACGGUCGAACGGGGGAUCGCUACAGGUCGAAGGGCUGCAAGCGUAUCCCUCGAUUUCGAAGUCCGACACAAAGGACUCUAGCCGUUCCAUCCGUGGCUCGAUUCGUUCCAAGAUACCAGGAAGUGGGAGGGGUGAUAAGUCAGACAGCCCGAGAGCUUCUAAUGGAACCCUUGCGCGCUCAGACAGCGCUCCCCCGGAAGGGUUAGAAUCUGCCUUUGCUCGCUCUUCCAUUUCGCGGCAUGCCCGCAAUCUCUCUGGCUCUUCUAUGCCCAUUCAGCCCAUCAACUCACAGGACGACUUGCGGGAUGAAGCACCAAAGCCACCACCCUCUCCUCCGCACUCUUCAUCGAUAGGCCGUGGCCACAAAGACGUCAAGGCCGCACAGAAGUCUGGAGAAGUUGACCACGUGUCCGAUACUGGCCCUCAACAUGUUGCUCCUACGACCGUUGCUCAAAAGGCUGGCGAGUCCAUCCUGAUCAAGAGAGAGAACUCCCUUAACCCAGUCUUGACUGAGUCUGGCGCCAGGUCGAUAGUAGACCAGAACGGAACCAACGGAUCUCCCGGCAUGACCAUUGGGGCGCUCAAAUCCAUCGAUGUUGACGACAUGAUCACACGGCUCCUUGAUGCCGGAUAUUCUACCAAAGUCACAAAGGCUGUGUGCCUAAAAAACGCCGAGAUCAUUGCUGUCUGCACCGCUGCUCGUGAACUUCUACUGACACAACCAGCCUUACUCGAACUCUCUGCGCCGGUGAAGAUCGUCGGCGAUGUUCAUGGCCAAUACACCGACCUGAUCCGACUUUUCGAGAUGUGCGGAUUCCCUCCUAAUUCCAACUACCUUUUCCUCGGUGACUAUGUCGACAGAGGAAAGCAGUCCCUAGAGACCAUUCUCCUCCUGCUCUGCUACAAGCUUAAAUACCCUGAGAACUUUUUCCUACUACGCGGAAACCAUGAAUGCGCCAAUGUUACACGUGUCUAUGGGUUUUACGAUGAGUGCAAGCGACGAUGUAAUAUCAAGAUUUGGAAAACAUUCGUCGAUACGUUCAAUUGCCUUCCCAUCGCCGCUAUCGUUGCUGGAAAGAUAUUCUGUGUUCACGGUGGCCUGUCUCCCAGCCUGUCUCACAUGGACGAUAUUCGUGGCAUCGCCCGACCAACGGACGUUCCUGACUAUGGACUAUUGAAUGAUCUACUAUGGAGCGAUCCAGCCGAAAUGGAAGAGGACUGGGAGCCUAACGAACGAGGCGUAAGUUAUUGCUUUGGUAAAAAGGUGAUCAUGGAAUUCUUGCAGAGACAUGAUUUCGAUCUUGUGUGUCGCGCACACAUGGUUGUCGAGGAUGGCUAUGAGUUCUUUAAUGAUCGCAUUCUUGUCACCGUUUUUUCUGCUCCUAAUUAUUGCGGCGCAUUUGACAAUUGGGGUGCCAUUAUGUCUGUCUCUGACGAGCUCCUCUGCAGUUUCGAACUACUCAAGCCUCUUGAUUCAAGUGCUCUAAAGAACCACAUAAAGAAGGGUAGAAAUAAGAGAAACAACGUCCUUAACAGUCCACCGGCUAUGGUUUCGGCCCAGAGUUAUUGA